AUGUUAAGCAGCACCUCGGCAGCCCUCGUCCGUCGCCUAAGGGGAUCGCCGUUUGCUCAGGAGUUUUCCUCGAGGACGUUCGCGACGAUCAGUCUUGGUCCUGGUAUCACGAAGCAUGUGCCCAAUAGGGAGCCCUAUAGAGGCCCUCUGAAGGCUUGUAUACUGGACUGGUCUGGCACUACUGCUGAUGCUCACGUGCUGGCCCCUGCUGUUGUUUUCGUCGAAGUUUUCCGCAAAUUUGGCGUUGACAUCACCAUGAAGGAAUCCAGGUUGCCCAUGGGUCUCCGCAAGGAUCUUCAUAUCGCGAAAAUCCUGGAAAUCCCCUCAGUCCAGGAACGCUGGCAGAAGGUCAAAGGGCGACCAUCGACCGCCGCUGACGUUGAAGCCAUGUUCAAGGAAUUCGUCCCUUUGCAGUGCGAGGUUCUUCCAAAGUAUACUACCCUUAUUGACGGCGCUGCUGAUACGGUGAACCUUUUGAAAUCUAAGUAUAAUCUAAAGAUAGGCUCCACUACGGGUUUCACUAAAGUUAUGGUUGAUAUCCUUCUUGAGAAGGCUAAGGAGCAGGGGUAUACUCCGGACUCUAGUGUGGCUGGAGAUGAAGUUAGUCGUUUGGCCGGCAUACGUAUGCAGUGGUCAUCUCAGGUGCCUAACAACAUGGGUUUCCGACCGGCGCCAUUUAUGCUGUACCAAAAUCUCUGCAAUUUAGGAGUCUUCCCAAUCGAAUCG